AGGUUGAUAAGUGUAUGAUCUGAGCUGUGAUGCCACGUCAUAGGCAUGAUCCAAAACGAAUUUGAGAUAGAUAACUCAACGGUUGUCCGUUGUCCGAUGGCAGAAGAAAAACUCAAAACACUCAUAUCAUUCAUGGCUUCGCUUCCUGUCCAGUUCUCCAGGAAUCAUCAUCUCUCUACCCCCAAUUUCUCCAGUAGAUUCCGCCGUUCCACGGAGCAGAGAUCUUUUGUAGCUCUUGUUCAUUGCUCCGCUAGAGAAAACGGAGACGCUGAUGUUCGAGGAAUCAAGAAGAGUUUGUUUCCUGUUAAGGAGCUUGGAUGUCUCGCUUGCGCCGCUCUUUCCGCUUUCACUCUUACAUUAGCUUCUCCCGUCAUUGCUGCUAACCAGAGACUUCCUCCGCUUUCAACAGAUCCAACACGGUGUGAACAAGCUUUUGUUGGUAACACGAUAGGUCAAGCAAACGGGGUCUAUGACAAGCCACUCGAUCUCAGGUUCUGCGACUACACAAACGAUCAGUCCAAUCUCAAAGGCAAGACUCUCUCUGCAGCCUUGAUGUCAGGCGCCAAGUUUGAUGGUGCUGACAUGACUGAAGUCGUUAUGUCAAAAGCUUACGCCGUUGGAGCAAGCUUCAAGGGGGUGAAUUUCUCGAAUGCUGUCAUCGACCGGGUGAACUUCGGGAAGUCGGAUCUAAAAGGAGCUGUGUUCAAGAACACGGUGUUGUCAGGUUCGACAUUCGACGAGGCAAACCUGGAGGAUGUGGUCUUUGAGGACACCAUCAUUGGUUACAUAGACCUUCAGAAGAUUUGUAGGAACGAGACUAUUAACGAAGAAGGAAGACUCGUCUUGGGUUGCAGAUAAGAAGAGAUGAUGAGACAAAAGGUUUUUGGGAUUUGGUAUGUGUAAGGAUUUGAGAGUUGACACAAAAGAAUGUAUGAACAAAAUAAGUAUGUUAAGUGUUCAAGGGGAAUAUAGGAGGACUCAGAAGAGAGUUAUGAGGUUUCUAUAAUCAAUUCCUGUAAAGUUUGUUAUCAGACCAAAGGAUUUUUCUCUGCUAUUCCUUAAUUAACGAACAAUAUUUUAUCGCGAA